AACGGCCUGGUCAUUAAUAUUGUUGGCCUAUGUACUUUUCGCUCAUCGACAGCUGGGCCUCGCCAGCAUCCAUAGUUUACAAACCAGUUGAAUAACUGAUAGGGUUGCUGAUUCUAGUAAGUACUCCAGUGACAAGACCAAGUCCGACUAUAGGAGUUCUUCAUGACGAAACUUGUCCGCAAGCUCAUGCCAUACAUUGCCCCUAGUGCCGGUCACGCGCAUACAGCUGACGUCGAAAGUCACGAUCCCAUGCGAUACAAGAUUACUGCCUCGGACAACGGUGGCUCAAUGCCACUAGUCGAUACCAGUGUCCUCGAGUUCAGUGAAAAGCAGGAUGAAGUUAACUUGAAGGAGACGGAAUGGGAAAUGCCAAUCCCAGUGAUCAUCGACUCAGAAACAUCUCCCUCGACGCAAACCACCCUCACAGAAGUUGAUUUUAUCGUCUCCCUCAUGCCAACCAAAGUCUUCCUCCCAAGAUUUGAAACAGAGGGGAUGACCAGCGGGGCAGUCUCACCUCCAGGAUCGACUGGGACAGACAUCCUCUCACCUUCACAAUUAUCUCAUGGUGACGCAUCACACACAUCAUCGGGACGUACCAAAUCACAUGCUGGAGAUAUCUUACAUACGGCGACAGAUUCCGAAGGCAGCUUCAUAGACCUUGAAGAGGGCCACGGAGAAAAGGAAGUACCUGAAGUCGAAGAAGUAGAACCGAUGAAGGAGGAUGCUCUUAUCCUGAAUGGAGGUACUGGCAUACAGACAGGGCCCGAUGGCGAACUGCACCCGCUUUUGCCACCGAUAUCAUCCCGACACAAGGGGCGCAAAUGUCUCGUUCUUGACCUCGAUGAGACCCUCGUUCAUAGUAGUUUUGGAUCUCUUCGACAUGCGGAUUAUAUUGUACCAGUGGAAAUCGAGUGUCUUUGGCACGAUGUGAACGUCAUCAAGCGUCCGGGUGUGGACGACUUCCUGAAGAAGAUGGGCGAAAUAUAUGAGGUGGUGGUAUUCACCGCUAGCGUGAGCAAGUUUGCGGACCCCGUCCUAGAUAAGCUGGACAUCCAUCAAGCAGUGUCGCAUCGGCUAUUCAGAGAGAGUUGUUAUAACCACAAUGGGGACUUUGUCAAGGAUCUCUCCCAGCUGGGUCGUCCGCUCUCAGAUACCAUCAUUCUGGACAACUCUCCAGCAUCGUAUACUUUCCACCCCAAGAAUGCGGUCCCUGUUUCUUCUGGUUCGAUGACCCACAUGACACAGAGCUCACUGAUCUUUGUCCUUUCCUUGCGGAUCUUCGCGGCGUAAGAGACGUUCGUGGGGUCUUGGAUGUCGGCCUGUAUGGGUGAUGGCGUAUUGGAUUUAAGGAAGAAGAGACCAAGAGAGCUGCAAGCUGCGAUUACUUUGGCCUCGCGAUUUUUCAAUGUGAUAUUCUCUGAAAUAUCAUAUUGACAUCUAGUUUGGGCUAUGACUUUUCCAGUCUUGGGUGCAUUCGUACAACGUUGAUCGUCACCAGCAAUUCUUGCCAUCAAGAGGGAACUAACCAUAUUGCGAUUUAAUUUCUACUUGCAUAACUAGUAUUGUAACAUUUUCCUUCCUUAUUUUAUUAAAUCUUUAUUUCUGUUUUCAUCUCACACAGGCGAUGCCUCUUCAACUCUUGUCCGCACAAAAUCACGAUAUCUGACGAACUAUCAUAAUGAUAAUGUUACUUACUCACGACUGUACCUGCUAUAUAUUGCUUUUCCUCCGUCUUGCGGGACGCAACUGUUUUUCAUCACGUGAGUAUCAUAGACUCGCGAC